CGACGUUCAUCACCCUUCUUUCUAAUUUACUCCUCUCUGUUUCUUUCUUUUCGCCUAUCUGGACGUACCCUGCAGCAAAGUAAUAUGCCAUCUUCGAGGUCCUCUCGGCCCCAGCAUCGUUCAUCCAGCCCAAGCCGGUCCACCUCGGAGCGCAGACGGGCGAAUAGCUCAGGAAGCCCUCAUUCGAGUCGCUCACAAGGCGAACAACGUCGGGCUUCAAGGUCUCGAAGCCGGUCUCGGACGCCACGUCGUCCUCGUCAAGACGAGGCGGAGGAGAACAGGUCUAAUGACCGCACAUCGGGGUCAGGAAAACGCGUGAGGUCUGCCUCCGCAUCUAGCAGCGAAGCAGAGAUACUGGACCCAAAGCGCUUCAAACUUGACAGCAAGACACACAACAGGUACAAGGACCUGGGUCGUAUCUUCGGCCGCGACUGCGAGAUGUGGGUCCCACCACUGGACGUCAUUCGGGUUGGGAUGGCACGCGACCCGAACCAUGAUCCCGCCCUCUUCUCAUUAGAGGAUAAUCUCCUUUACAAUGCGUUCCUCCGGCUUGCGCAAACCGCCCCCGAUGUCAUUGACCAUCUCAACGAGAUCAACAUGCAAGCUGAGCCCCGUCGUGGCAAUACCUUGCGCGCAAUCAGUCGCUCGAUCAACCAAGGACGCAAGGGGGCUCGCGGCGACGACGUGAAGAGCUGCAAGGCAGCGUUGCGCGACUGGGUGUGUGAUUGGGUUCCACCGCUGCCCACAAAGAAGUCCAAGGCCGGGUUCUCGCACGAGAAAACGGGAAAACUCCUUUCGCCCGUCCGUCAAGUUUGGAACGAAGAUACACGAAUCAAGUGCUUGAACCACGAAAUCGACUGCUCUCCCGAUGCGCUGUGUCGCCUUCUCUUUGCCAAUGAAGAGGAUGAUACGGUCGGCUUCCUCAAGCAUGAGCUCCUCGUGAAGUGCUACAAGCACAUCUUCACUGGCCCCACGUCGGCUGUCCAGAGCGAAAGCUCGGGUCGCACGGAUACGAACGGCAAGCGGCACGGCAUUACGACGGUCUCAAUCCCAGCCAUUGCUUAUUGUGCAGUCUUGGUACACUUCUGCCUGUCGUCGCAGACAUCCAUGGGUCAAGGAUCUCCCACGAAUGGCUACCAGUACGGCCGUAUGUAUCGGUUGAUCCUGGAGAUCUGUGAGGGUCUUGGUGUAUCUGAUCGUAACGCCCUCCUUGCGUGGUGGAACCAGAAAGCGUACAUUGAGCACCACCGGCCCGUCCACGAUAGUGCCGCUCAGGACCUCCUGUCUCGCUUCCAAAUGCGAGCCAAUGCCGACAACCCAAGUGACGAGACCUCUGCGCAUUGUUAACUCCCUCUUACCGUUGCUUCGCAUGUUAUAUUCCUGUCCAUUCAUUUUUUGUCGCCGCUUGUCCAUGCUAUCGAGUUCUCACCAUCUACUCUAUCGCUGAUCUUACUGAUUUCCCCUUCUGCUGUCGCCACCAUCGAUAUCUCCACCCUUGUCUAGCCAGCUUUGCGUAGUCCGUAUCGUACUCCAGCCUCGUAAUUAAUGACUAUUCUGCUGUUGCUUUCAUUAAUGUGUGACUGCAGAGCUUGCGCAGGAAGCUGGUCUCGCAGGUGGUGGCUAGGGACAGACGAGACUAUGACGAACUUACGAGAAUAUCUUUGCCGGACAGUUACAGUAUGCUGCAAAUACGACGAUAUACGCCCUACACCACAAUCGAACGGGUAUCU